AUGGCCGAGACAAGAGAAACCAAGCGCCCGCGUGUGGCCGCAGACCCGGCCGAACACCUCCCAGCCGGCAUCACAGAGACCCAAGAAGAGCUCAAAGAACACUGGUUCGUAGGCAGCAUAGACCAAGGCACAACCUCGACACGCUUCCUCAUCUUCAACGGCCUCGGCGACCCCGUGGCAAGCCACCAGAUCGAGUUUGAGAACCACUACCCGCACUCGGGCUGGCACGAGCACGACCCCCUCGAGCUCCUCUCCUCGGUCGAAGAAUGCGUCGAAAAGGCAAUGGCCCAGUUCGCUGAACAAGGCUACUCCGCCGCCAACAUCCGCGGCGUCGGCAUCACCAACCAGCGCGAGACCACCGUCCUCUGGGACGUCCGCACUGGCGAACCCCUCCACCACGCCGUCGUCUGGCCCGACACCCGCACCACCUCCCUCGUCCGCGAACUCCGCGCCCGCCCUGGCGCAGACGCCCUCCAGGACCUUUGCGGUCUGCCCCUGUCCACCUAUCCUUCCUCCGUCAAGCUCCGCUGGCUCCUCGACAACGUCCCCUCCAUCCGCGAAGCCUACGACGCAGGCCACCUCGCCUUCGGCACCGUCGACUCCUGGCUCAUCUACCGCCUCAACGGCGGCGCAGAUAAGGGCGACGACGCGAUCCACGUCACCGAUUCGACAAACGCCAGCCGCACAAUGUUCAUGAACCUUCGCACCCUCAAAUACGACGACACCCUCCUCUCCUUCUUCGGCAUCGACCAAUCCAAGAUCCACCUCCCCAAAAUCGUCCCUUCCUCAGACCCGACCGCCUUCGGCUCCUUUGCCCGCGGCGUCCUCAAGGGCGUGCCCAUCGCAGGCUGCCUGGGCGACCAAUCCUCCGCCCUCGUCGGCCAGUGCGGCUUCUCCCCGGGCCAGGCGAAAAACACCUACGGCACGGGCUGCUUCCUGCUGUAUAAUGUCGGCGAGGAGCCCGUCAUAUCCAAGUCGGGUUUGCUGGCUACCGUCGCGUACGAUUUCGGCAAGGGCAGGAAGCCCGUGUACGCCCUCGAGGGUAGCAUUGCGGUUGCGGGCUCGGGCGUCAAGUUCCUUGUCAAGAACCUUUCCUUCGUCGAGGACUCGUCUCGCAUUUCGGAGCUGGCCGAGACGGUUCCGGAUAACGGCGGCGUCGUCUUCGUGACGGCCUUUAGCGGCCUCUUUGCGCCGUACUGGAUCGACGACGCAAAGGGCACUCUGUUCGGUAUCACAGCCCACACCCAAAAAGGCCACAUCGCCCGCGCGACCCUCGAAGCGACAUGCUACCAGACGAAAGCCAUCCUCGACGCCAUGGCCAACGACUCGGGUCACGCCCUCGAGAACCUCGCCGUCGACGGCGGCCUCUCCAACUCGGACCUCUGCAUGCAGUCCCAGGCCGACAUCAGCGGCAUCCGCGUCAACCGCCCCGCCAUGCGCGAGACGACGGCCCUGGGCGCCGCCAUCGCCGCCGGCCUCGCGCUGGGCGUCUGGGACGAGCUCGAGGACCUCAAGCACGUCAAUCAGACGGGGCGCAAGAUCUUUACGCCCGCGCUCGACAGGGAGACGAGUCAAAAGAUGUUUAAAAAGUGGGAGCAGGCUGUCGAGAUGUCGAGGGGUUGGGUGCGUGAUAAUGCGGAAUAG